AGAUAAGCCUAUUAAAGAAAGCUCAAAAUGGCGAACUUUCCUCCAUUGAAGCACAAUAGACGAUCACCUCACUUUCUCCAUUACUCUCGUGUCGUUAACCUUUCCCUUUUCCGUCCUCUUUCCCUCCCCUUCCCUUCCCUUCCUCUCUGGAUUUCCGUUUCGCCGUUUCCCCAUCUCGCCGAUCACGCACAGAGGAAGAAUGGAGGAACAGAGGCUGGACUACGUGUUGGUGCCGCUCGGGCUGCUGAUACUGGGGGCGUACCACGCCUGGCUGCUGGUCACCAUCUUUCGAAGCCCAAGGCGCACCGUCAUUGGCCUCAACGCCGAGUCUCGCCACCAGAUCCCCUGAAGAAUGGUGUCUUGACCGUCCAGACGAUACGCAACAAUAUUAUGGCAUCGACACUCUUGGCAACGACAGCAAUCACUCUCAGUUCACUGAUCAGUGUUUUCGCAAGCAGCUCAUCCAGCUCUACUGCCACAGCUUCACAAUUGGUUUACGGCAACCAAACCGCUAUGAUAACUUCUAUAAAGUACUUUGCUAUACUCGUAUGCUUCCUUGUCGCUUUCCUCUGCAAUGUGCAGUCCAUCAGAUACUAUGCCCAUGUCAGUUUCUUGGCCACCCUGCCUACAUCCCAAGGUAAAAAAGAUUCCAUUGAAUAUGCCGCCCGGAACUUGAACCGGGGAAGCUUCUUUUGGUCCUUGGGAUUACGGGCAUUCUAUGUGUCGUUUCCUCUCUUCCUCUGGAUCUUCGGGCCGAUACCGAUGUUUGUCUGCUGCGUCAUGAUGUCAUUUGUUCUUUAUUUCUUGGACACAACUACCAGUUUUACGCGGGAACUGCAUAGUCACUCACUGAAAGAGGAGAUAAAGCCCAACGAUCUGGAGUCGUCAGUUUCGUAAGUGCUGAUGGUAAUGGAUAACUCUGUCGUGAUUGAAUGGUUAUUAGCCUGUUACGGCUGAAUAUUUAUUCCAUAAGGGCUUAUUAAAAUUAGUGAUCAGCAUCAUAUUGACUGCACUUUGGUUGUGGAUAUUGUGUGGACGGAGAGGUUUAAAUGUAGCUUCCAUUUUUUACUA